AUGGAGCGAGGCAAAGAGUACAGUAUGAAGGCUCACCACCCCACCGUCACCCUGGCGCUGCGUUGCUUGGACGGCGUGUUCCUCUCCCCCACGGAGAAUGACUUUGUCAACAAGAUCCUGGAGGAGCUGGACCACUUUCUGCUUCAGAACCAGCUGGACAGAGUUCUCUUGUUUCCUCCCUUGUCCAGUCGACUUAGGUAUCUGAUCCACAGGACUGUGGAUGACGUUGACCUCCUGAGUAGCUUUUCUGUUGGGGAAGGAUGGAGAAGAAGGACCGUGGUCUGUCACUCAGCAAUAAGGCUGCCGGAUAACCCCGAUGAUCAAGACGGCUCCUGCAUCAGUGCCUCAGCCUCCAAUCACCCUCCCCAUUCGAGAAACAGAGGGUGCAGAUCUGGAGGAGGGCCACGCCGCAUGGAAGGACAGGCCAGUGGUGCUCAAACUCGCCGAGGAAAUGGCAGGGGCAGGAGGCAGCCCCGAAGGAAGCCAGAUAGAGCUUUGUAUGUCCCCAAGGCUAUGCGCAAGAAGCCUGAGGGCUUGGCAGAGGACAGCCCUGAAGCGUUUGGAGCAGAGUUGCAUGACUUUGGGUUGAAUGAGAACAGAAUGUCAAGCAUGGUCUGUGGCUGUGAAGGAGUUACAAAUACUGGUACGUUUCCUGACAACGUUGGCCCUGAUGUGGAAUAUCCAGAAGCUCAGAACCCCAGUGAGAUGUAUAAUAAUAAUUUGGAGUCUGGAGGUAAAAGUAGUGAAGACCCUGCGGGGUAUCUAUGUUCUCCUUCAUUGGAAGGUCUGUCAGAAGAGGAAGGCCAAAAUAAAAUGAAGCAGAUCACCUUGGUACAGGAGAUCACCCCAAGCCUGGUCCUUUCAGAAAACCAGAAUACAGAUGGUCUGGAUACUGUGAUAUCUGAGAGUUUUGAAACAUCAGCCUUACUGGAAGAACCAAAGACUAGGAAUCUCGAUGCUUCAUUUUUCAAAGAAAGUGGACAGCUGCCUUCAGUAGAAGACCAGAACAAAAGCACUCCAGAUGUUAUUGCAUUGGAACUGAGCAAAAAUCUGACAUCCUUGGAGAACCAUGGAAACGACUGUCAGUAUUCCACUGUGUCAGAAAGCAGCAUGUCCUCAUCCCUACUUGAAGACCACGAGGUGCAGAUUACAGGUGAAGUUGUACUGAAGCAUACUGAUGAGCUGUUGGAAAAUAAGAAUGAUUGUACAUGUGCUGGUAAAGUGGAGUAUAGUAAAACCAGACCCUUGUUAAAAGACAGCAGUGUGGAUGCCGGCGCAUCUCAACAUGACCCAGAAGUGUCGGCCCAGGAGGACCAGGAUAGGAACGGCAUUGAUGUAUCCCUAUUGGAAUGUAGCCAAACUGAGCCCUGUGAAGUCACCCAAGAUCAAAGUACCACUUAUUCAUCUGGUUUGGGACAGGCAUCGGUGGUGUCUCCUGUUCUGGAACGUAGUACAAAGUCAUCUGUCUUAGACCCUGAGGCCCUGCCUUUUAUAAAUACCUCUGUAUCCUACCAUGGCAAAACCAGUCUGGUGCUUGAAGACCACGAGACCAGUGUAGACCUGGAGGGCAACAAGCUGCCUGGGCUGGAACUGUCUGCAGGCGAUAGAAAUGUGGGAACCUCUGCAGUGGACGAAAAGGACGGCAUCUUUGAAGAUGACUGUGGCACCGAACUCCUUCAAGAGAUCAGAAAUUACCUGACCAUAAAGGAUAUAAGCAUUGAGAAAAUCCAGUUUGAUUGCACUGGCUAUGGGGAGGCACAGAUCAAUGAGGGAGACUUUGGACAUGUGCUAGAAAUCUAUGAUUUUUCACCUUCACUGAAGACUGAGCACCUUUUGGAGGCCUUUGUGGAGUUCCAAGAGAGUGGCUUUAAAGUGCAGUGGGUUGAUGACACUCAUGCUCUUGGCAUUUUCUCCAGUUUGGCGGCAGCAUCUCAAGCAAUGGAACAGAGUUAUACAUCAUUAAAGAUCCGCCCUCUAAUCCACGGUACAAGACAGUCGAAAAUCAAGGCACUUCAGCGUCCAAAGCUCCUUCAGCUGGCCAAGGAGAGGCCCCAGACCGACACAGUAGUGGCUAGAAGGCUGGUGACCAGGGCUCUGGGAUUACUCCGCAAAAUCCAGCCAUGCCCAGGCGAAGAAGUGCCAGAGUCAGAAAACGUCAGCCUGCCAGAGUAAAGCGAAUCAUCUUGAAUGGCUUGGGGUGAUGGUUUUGGGUGUGCUAUUAAAACCGCAGUCUGACG